AUGACCGAGGACCACAGUAACAACGUCGCCACCAGCCAUAAAGGGCGACGUAGGGGGCCGAAGACCAAAUCUGCACAUGGCAGAACAUCUUCCAGCAAGACCAAUGGGGAACAUGACGAGACGCAUCUACAGCUCGCAAGAGCCAAGAUGGCGUCCACUACCCGCAACCGACCGCUGCUGUAUUCUGCGAUCCCAGACGCAGACAUGUUAGACGCGCAAAUGUUUUCCUUUUUCUUCGAUUUUUUUGUGCCGGCAACGAUCCCUGUUUGGCGAAAGGUCUCCUACCUACAUACUCUAGCGGGGACGUCACCUUCCACUGCCUUACUGAAGAGGGCCAAGCGUACAGUCGGCCUUGCACAUCUAGCCUUCGCCACGCACAACCAAAGCAUACUCCACGAAUCCCAGGUCUCAUACACACGACUACUAGGUCUACUGCAGUUCUCGCUUCACUUCCAGCCGCAGUCGCCGGGAGUAAAGCCGCAGGAUAUGCACGAGCUUAUGGCUACCAUAGCCUUGCUGACACAUCUUCACGAUCCACUCGUCUCCGAUUCGCCCACAUCGGACGACAGUUGGGUGGGUCAUAUCCUUGGCAUUCACCAGAUCUUUGCCACGUACGGUGGAAACCUCACAUCCCUUUCCGCACCAGGCGCUGUGCACCAAGGUCUUGCGCGGCAUACGAUGCUCAAUGGACUCUGGGUAGGGAUCGUCAAACGGCGGGCGUGGAAUAUUGAUCCUGCUUGGCUCGAGACGGGGUCGCUAGGAUGGACCCGUGUAGUCAGUGUCUUUUACGAGCUUCCUGCUUUGCUAGGACGAACGGACAAAGCCCUGCUCGCCGACCAGACCGACGAACUCAUGAAAAUUGUGAGGUCGUUACAGCUUACCAUACAACAAGGCAAAGAUCUCUUCCGGGAUGUGCGGUUCAAGAGCGCCAGCCUUGAUGCAUUGACACCCUGGCUACAAGGACCAGCAGAAGAGCAUUGCGCACUGCAAGAGUCUCGGGUCUUCCCCCGGCUGUACCUCCCUUUCGUUGGCGAGAAAGAGAUUGAGGUCCAGAAGCUACUGAUGCGUACCCUCCUGUGCCUAAUAGCCGAAUGCACUGUUUUGCGAAUCUGGCACUUCCAUCCCGUCACGACUCACAGUAUGGUAGCCGGGGCUCGAUACGCGACUGAGCAAAGAGCGCGGGACUUGGCACGACAACUCUGCAUGGCCUCGCUCUCGUUCACACAAGGAGACCGUAUAGUGCAGCCAUUCACACUUGGUCUUUGUCUACAACUUGCACGCAAUGUUUUCGAACAACAGCAAGCAUAUCCCGAAAUGGGUUGGUGUGAUGCCUGCCUCAUCGCAAACGAUCUUCGAGUGGCUCGUCUGCGGAAGACAGGUGCGCCUAGUCUGUGCAAGAUCGCGCAGGUGAUACCAGGGCUGGCCGAAGCAGGGCAAUAUGGGUCAAAGCUGAACGUACAGAACCUGAUAAUACGUGCGGAGGAGCAUGGUACGAUGAAGAUGAAGGGACUGCUACCACCGUAA